CAUUCCACCAUGAACUUAGUGGAGGAUGAAAGCGAUCCAAAAAAGGAUCACAUCAACGAAAUCAUCCUUUCGGAAGAUGUGCAGCGUGCCAUCGAACAGGUGCUGCAAAGUUCCGAUCCACUCGAUCAGCCGGAUUUCAAUCCGACCGAUUACAUCAACCAGCUGUUUCCGAACGAACAGUCACUGUCCAACAUCGAUGAGGUGAUCGCCAAGAUGGAAUGCGACAUAAGCCUUAUCGACGACAAUAUCCGCAGUGUUGUACGGGGCCAAGUAAAUACGGGUGAAAACGGGCGGGUUGCGCUGAAGGAAGCGCAACAAUCCCUAACGCAGCUGUUUUCCCUCAUAACCGAUAUCAAAAGCCGUGCGGAAAAGACCGAAGAUAUGGUGAAGGAAAUAACACGCGACAUUAAGCAGCUCGAUUCGGCCAAAAACAAUCUUACCUAUGCCAUCACCACGCUGAACCAUCUGCACAUGCUGGUGGGAGGGGUGGAGAACUUGAAGCGGCUCUCGGAACGUCGACAGUACGGGGAGGUGCUUAAUCCACUGCAAGCCAUCAUUGAGGUCAACCAGCACUUUCAGCAGUACUCGGAGAUAUCGCAAAUACAAACACUGUCCGCUCAGGUGCAGCAGAUCCAGUCGGAACUGGCGACACAAAUUACGGAUGAUUUUAAGAAUUUCUUCUCACCGACGAGCCACAGCAAUGCGAAUCGGAUGACGCUAACGCAGCUGAAGGAUGCGUGCCAGGUUGCAUCGGUGCUGGACAAACCGGUGAAGAAAAACAUUCUUAAAUGGUUCAUCAGCCUUCAGCUCCAGGAGUACGUGCAACUGUUUCACGAAAAUCAAGACAUCGCUUGGCUGGAUAAGAUCGACAAGCGGUACGCCUGGGUGAAGCGUCAUUUGUUGGAUUUUGAGGAAAAGUUCGGUACCGUUUUUCCCUCCGAUUGGGAAGUGUCCGAACGCAUCACCGUUCAGUUUUGUACAGUGACGCGCGAAGAGCUGUCGAAAAUAAUUGCCCGUCGAAGAACGGAAGUUGACGUGAAGCUGUUACUGUUUGCCAUACAGAAAACGGCUAAUUUUGAACAAUUGCUUGACAAACGGUUCAACGGUACGACGCUCGUUGAGGCUACCAGCGAAGAAGUGCGGCAGGAGCGCGGAUCGUUCAACAAUCUUAUCGGUAGCUGCUUUAAACCGUAUCUGGACAUAUACACGGAUAGUAUCGAUCGGGAUUUGACCGCACUGAUCGAACAGUUCGCGCAACAAAAUCAACAGAUGGUUGUCCCUAAGGAAAUUAAUCCGGGAAUUAUACCAAACUGUGCUGAUUUGUUUGUAUUCUACAAAAAGUGCAUGGUGCAAUGUAUGCAGCUAAGCAAUGAAAAGCCCAUGUACGAUUUGGUGCUGCUGUUUAAGCGGUAUCUCCGCGAGUAUGCCAUCAAAGUGUUGGAAGCACGCAUACCUAAACCACAGCCACCGAACUCUACCACAUCGUCGAUUAGCUCCAGCAUGUCGCUGCUGACGAAAGACUUCCAAAAUCUGUCCACCGCAGCGGGACAAGUUAUUCAUAAUUUCCUGAAAGAAGGCGAAACGCCAAGAUUCUCAUCGGAGGAUAUGCGCAAGAUUUGCUACAUACUGGCCACUGCCGAGUACUGUCUCGAGACCGUCCAACAGCUGGAGGAUAAGCUGAAGGAAAAAAUCGACAAACAGUACAUCGCAAAGGUGGACCUAUCGGAUGAGAAAGACGUCUAUCAUCGAAUAAUUUCCAACUGUAUCCAGCUGCUCGUACACGAUCUAGAUGCGGCCUGCGAACAGUCGCUGCUACUGAUGACCAAAAUCGCCUGGCACAGCAUCAGCAAUGUGGGUGAUCAGAGCGGCUUCGUUAAUCAAAUCAUAACGAAUCUCAAACAAACCGUGCCGGUGAUACGCGACAACCUAGCAAACAGUCGCAAGUAUUACACGCAGUUCUGUCACAAGUUUGUAAACUCUUUCAUUCCAAAGUACAUUAACACACUGUACCGCCUUCGUCCGACCUCUUCCGGGUCUUCGUCCGCAUCUGGAUCGGCGGCACUGGUUGCAAGCGCUUCAAGCUCAAGUAUUUCCGAGGGAGCGAAUAGCGCAUCUACCGGUGGCAACAUUCUCGGCUGCGAACAGCUGCUGCUCGAUACGCACAGCCUUAAGACGGUCCUGAUGGAUCUGCCCUCGAUCGGUUCGCAGGUACAGCGGAAACCACCCGCUAGCUACACGAAGGUGGUGGUGAAGGGUAUGGCCAAGGCAGAAAUGAUAAUUAAAGUCGUGAUGCAACCCGUCCAUCCGGCAUCACUGUACAUCGAGCAGUAUUUGAAGCUGAUGCCGGAAAGUAAUGUGGUCGAGUUUCACAAGAUACUGGAGAUGAAGAAUGUGCGCAAAAUUGAGCAGCAACAGCUUGUUGAAGCAUACAAACGGGCUUGUCCGCAGCUUCAGCAUCAGCAAACAGGGACGACUUCCUCAACGUCCGGAGCCGGUGCGAGUGGUGGUGGCGAGAAUAGUGGAAACGCCCAGCAAACGAGCGAAUCCCUUUCCUGUGGAGGGAAUUCAACACAAUCCCAGCAGAUUGCUGCUGCCGCGGCCGCAAUUAGUGGGGCCGGAUCCAGUAUUAUGGCGUUGGGCGAUUCCCUGAUGGACAAGGGAAGAAUUAAAAAGAUAGAAAAUUUAAUCAAAAACCGGCUACCCAACUAA